UCUAUGGAUUUUUUUUUUCCUGAUAUGUGGGUUAGAUGAACAUACAAUCUGAGCCACACAUUUUCUGAUCAAAUCCUAGAUGGCACAACAGACGGCGUUGAAAGCUACUGAUAUCAGAUUCUGCAGUUUAUCAAUCAACUGGAGAUACACUCCACAAUCCUUCUUGAUAAGCCCCGAUAAACAGAUAUUCAUGUUUUACUUUACACUCCGUCCUCCACUUACACGGUUACACUGCCAAUUUCAGCCCAAAAUGGCCUCCAUUUGCGCCUUUUCCGCCAUUACUGCCAUCGCUAUCUCUUUCCAAAAGAUUGAAUCGAUUUCAAGAACAACUAAGACUCCUUUCCCUAGUGGAAAGAAACUCAGAGUGAGAAAGUACACAGCGUCGACUACCGGAAGAUUGACUCCUGUCUGUGCCACCGCCGACCCAAAUACUCCCCUCUGGUUCCCCUACAGCACCCCUCCUCCAUGGCUCGAUGGCAGGUUUAGUAGCAAAAUAAUGUAAUGUUGAACAUUAAUUUUGUUGUGAAAAAUAGCGCAACAAAAUAAACUAAUUGCUGUGAA